GAACGAUCGCGUCUUUGUGAAGCUGGCGCCACCACAAAUCAUCUCGCACAUUAUAGAUUUCACAAGAUGGCGCCCGUGAGUCGCAAGCCGACAAGCGGUCUCUUGGACGAGCUCCCACCCGGCUUUGUCGAGGCGCCGUCGCUCUCGCAGGCCGAGCUGAGUUACCUCAACGACCUCUCCCACCGCACCUUCAACACGUUUCUCUCGUCCACGUACGGAACGCACCCGAUGCAAGAGCCUGGCUGGAGCUUCCGCGGCGACCACCACGGCGUCCAGAUCUUCCAGGGCCCGGCCCUUCCGAACGAGCCGCGCGUCCGCCCGCACCGCUUUGUCACGUCCAUGGCGGCGACCAUCGACCAGGUGCAGGACGCGAUGGCCAACCUCACCGACGACCAGAUGCAGGCGUCGCUCGAGCACUACACGAGCGACCUCGUCGACAUGGCGAUCCUCCACCGCAUCGUGUCGCCGACGACCAAGGAGCCCGGGAUGCAUGCAGUCGUGCGCUGGUUCGUCGCCGAGUGCCCGACGCCGCUCAACAACCGCGACUUUUGCGUCCUCGAAGUGCAGCGCCAGUGGGCCCUCGCGUCCGGGCGCCGGGCGUGGGCCGUGUCCCAGCACUCGAUCCGCCUUCCGACGUGCCCGGAGCUCAAGCCGAGUCUCAAGCUCAUUCGCGGCUCGCUGUACAACUCGGGGUACCUCUUCCUCGAGACCGACACCCCGGGUCGUCUCGAAGUCCAUGGGCGCGUCGAGCUCGACUUCAAGGGCGUCGCGCCUGCGUGGAUCUACAAGACCAUCAUGAAGCACCGCGCGUCGAGCCUUAUCAAGCUCAGCCAGUGGAUCAACGAGGCGCCGGCGAUCAAGGCGCGCUCGUCGCUCCUUGUGCCGCUCGUGCCAUUGAGCGAUCGCAAGCACUGCCAGCUCUGCACGCGCAAGUUCAGCCCGCUGCGGUGGAAAGCCAACUGCUGCGCGUGCGGCGAAGUGUUUUGCUGGAAGUGCACGCAGGGCAUUCGCAUCAAGGGGCGCAUGCGCGAGCCGCAGCGCAUGUGUUUCGAGUGCGCCGAGCCGGACGCGACCACGUCGCGGAAAGGCCGGCGGCCGAUGCUCAAGUCGGGCGAGUUCCAUACGAUCGACGACGACGACGACGACGACUGGGCGCUCCUCGAUGAGAGCAACAAGCAGCACCACAAGUCGCCGGCCAAGAUCAAGUACCAGCCGGCAGCGUCGACCGCGCUCUGCACGACGCUUGUGGUCGCGUCCAACCAAAUGAUCGAGAGCAGCGAUAAGUACCACGAAGUGCACUACGAUCUGCGGCCGAUCUCGCUCGCACGGCCCGACACGAGCAUGCACUCGUGCGACACGUCGUACAUGACGGACGAAGAGGGCGGCUGCUGGUGCGACGACGACGACGACGACGACGACCAAAACUUGUUGGGCUUUGAACUCAACGUGCUGCCGUCCGUCUUGACGACGUCACCGGACGACCGGCAGCGGCUCAUGGCGCUCGAACGCCACCAGUAUGUGCACGAGACGCUCACGAUGGCGCUCUCGUCGUUCGCCAAGCACGACGACGCACGGCCGCUUGCAUGCUAACGAGCCAUGUCAGACCACUAGGGUUAGGAUAGACUAGGACUACUUUAUUUACGCCACCAACACGAUCGAAGCGUUGGUGCACUGAUUUUCACACGGUAUACCGUUGAGCUUACUGC